AAAACAAAUGGAAAUUGAAAUCAGAAGUCAUGGAAAAUUGUGGAAUGCAAAUAGUUAAGUACACAACGUAUUUAUUUUUUGUUAAUUUAUUUGUUGGUUGAAGUGAGCUAUAUAAUGUGAUGUGGUCCCUGACCUUGAGUGGGACACCUGUGACAUAGAUAGAUCGGUAGAUAGAUCAAUAGAUAGGUUGGUAGGUAAGUUUGUAGGUGGACACUUCAAUGCACAGACAUGUCGAUGGUUUUACUCUGUAACUGUAGCACACAUAAAGCCUGUUGGUAUCUGGAGUCCUUUCAUCUGACUGUUAGAGAUGAGAAAUGUUCCAUCCGCGUGCAUGUGUGUGCGUGUGUGUCCAGUGUAUUGCAGAGGGUCUUAAAUUAGUAAUGGUGUUGAUAUUUCUUUGGCACUGAACAGAAUGGCGGAGUUGCGCUGGGGUCACUGACACUGUGCCUUUGAUAGGAAGGGAGCCAAAAAAUAAAAUAAAAGGGGUGCGGGUGUCUCACAAUACAGAAUAAUAUAAAAGGUACAUAUUGACGAGAAACAAAUUAUAUGGUCGCCUAUGUAAUCAACUUUUGUAUUACUUGUUUGACUUUAGUCCCAUUUUGUGGUCAUCAGAAAUUUAUGGCACCUCAAGCACUAUCUAGUGCAAAGGCCCUCUUGGAUUAAAGGCCCUCUAGAUCUUGUGUCUUUCUUGGAUUGAAUUCGCCCAAACGAGCGAGCAGAUUUUAAAGUUUGAGUUGGUCUCGCUCUCACUAUCAAGAAAUUGCUCAAACACGAUUCUCCAUUUCUCAAUACAAUGACGACACAUCCCGUAUGGCAUUUCACAAGACUGACAGUCAGACUGAAUAGGGCACUGUCGAGCUGAACCUGUAGAAGGAAUGUUCGUCACACACCGGUUGCCUCACAAGACCUCCGUUAGAUGAGGAUUGAAGUAUUAACGCCUGUGUUUUUGUUUCUUUGGAUUUUUGUGUCUUUUCUGCACAACAAUGUGAGAAGACUUCCAGCAUUACAUCGUCACUUAUCGCAGUCCUUUAACUGUGUUGACAGUUUAACAUUAAGCGUGUUGGCCUUGUUUUUACAUUUGUGUGACGACAGUUCUUACAAAGUGAGUGAGUGAGGGGUAACAACUAAACUAUGCCAUCAUCUAUCGUCAUCAAAACGUUUCAUUUUUUUAUACAGUUGUCGGACUAAGAAUGUUAAAAUGUUUAAGACAUUUAUUGAGUUUGGCCUGGUUUAUUUUGGCAUAUGUUAUUCGGAGCCAGGAAUACAAUAAAACACAUUCCACAUAGGCCUAUCAGGUGUCAACACAUGCUCCAAUACAUUUCAUAACACACCCGGCUACCAAACAAAGAGUUCCAGUCCGUAGCUGCGUAUCUUUGUAUGUUGUGCAAUUUGGGUCUCAAACAGAUUUCAAAAUGGACACCGCAUUCCCAUAGCAUAAUUUUUACUCAAUGUUGGAGCAGCGCGAUGUCCAUAGAGCUUCUCAAAAUGGUGCCAACAUGCAUGAAAGGGACCGCAAAACCUCUAGAGAGGCAGCAAGCGUAUAAAGCUGCUCCAAUGUCAAUUAUACGCAGCGGGCAAUGGAAUGAUAUGCUUCCAAAAACUGGAACUGGUCAAAGAUGGCAAAUCCUGAUGGCCUCACGUCUGUUUGGAUGCAACCUGAAUUUUAAACAGAAAAAAAGGUGUAUGGUGAUUUUUGGGACACCCUAUGCAUAAAAUAAUCAUGAAUAUAAACAAUACAAAAAUGACGAAAGAGAAACAAAAAUGCGAAGAUGACAAAAAUACAUAUACUGCAGGACGAUGACUCAUGUUGAGUGGCUAUUAGAGUCAGUAGGAGAACCAAGUGGCUCACGAGGAUGCGCGAGGCUUGACAAGCUGUCAACAGUUAAUGACGCCGUGUUCCCAUCUUAGCAUCAUUUAUUGAUUGCCCCUAACCUCCAAGUAUUCACAACGAUUUAAAAUAGAUCCACCGUAAACAACGGUGGUUUAACUGGAUGAUGUGGGCUUUUUUUCUUCUUCUUUUGCAGCUUCUGACUACAAUCACAUCAACCCGAGAACAAAAUGGGGGGUGCGGUGGUGGACGAUGGACCUACUGGGGUGAAGGCACCCGAUGGCGGCUGGGGCUGGGCGGUGUUGGUCGGCUGCUUCGUCAUCACCGGAUUCUCCUACGCCUUCCCCAAGGCCGUCAGCGUCUUUUUCAAGGAGUUAAUCAGGGAGUUUGACGUUGGUUACAGUGACACCGCCUGGAUAUCAUCCAUUUUGCUUGCCAUGCUCUAUGGCACAGGUCCCGUGUGCAGUGUAUUGGUGAACAGGUUUGGCUGUCGACCGGUAAUGAUGGUCGGAGGACUAUUUGCCUCACUGGGAAUGGUUCUGGCUUCCUUCGCAACCAGCAUCAUCCACAUUUACCUUUGCAUCGGUGUCAUUACAGGUUUGGGCCUGGCAUUGAAUUUCCAGCCAUCGCUAAUCAUGCUAAAUCGCUACUUCAGUGAGAAGCGACCUUUGGCCAACGGCCUGGCAGCGGCAGGCAGCCCCGUGGCUCUGUGCUGUCUCUCUCCCCUGGGACAAAUUCUGCAGUAUCAGUAUGGCUGGAGGGGUGGUUUUCUCAUACUUGGGGGGAUGCUGCUCAACUGCUGCGCCUGCGGUGCCCUCAUGAGGCCCCUCUUGCCACCAAAGAAACAUCUCGAAUUGGAGGAUGGCCAUCUUAAAGCCACAGAGGAGAAGAAGCUCCAGCCAAAGAAAAAACUGCUGGACUUCAGUGUGUUCAGGGACAGAGGAUUUGUCAUAUACACCGUCGCAGCCUCGAUUAUGGUGCUGGGCUUGUUUGUGCCCCCCGUGUUCGUGGUCAACUACGCUAAAGGACUCGGCUACGAGGACACGACUUCAGCACUGCUGCUCACCAUUCUGGGAUUCGUAGAUAUGUUUGCUCGUCCUCUGUGCGGAAUCGUUGCAGGUAUGAAGUGGGUACGGCCGAGGUGCGUCUACCUGUUCAGUUUUGCAAUGAUCUUCAACGGAGUCACCGAUCUCAUCGGAUCACAGGCAAACACCUAUGGGGGCCUGGUGGGUUUCUGCAUCUUCUUUGGCAUGUCAUACGGCAUGGUGGGAGCCCUCCAGUUUGAGGUCCUGAUGGCUAUUGUGGGGACGGACAAGUUUUCCAGUGCCAUCGGCCUUGUGCUGCUGAUGGAAGCAAUAGCUGUAUUGGUGGGACCUCCUGGAGCAGGUCGCCUCUUGGAUGCCACCCAUAAGUACAUGUACGUCUUCUUGUUGGCGGGCUGCGAGGUCACGUUGUCAGCCAUUGUGAUCGCCCUGGGGAACUUCCUGUGCAUCAAAAGGAAACAGGAAGAGCCGGAGGCACAGCUCGAAAUGGCCUUGACGUCUGCGGAGAAGGGGAGCGUCCGCGAUGACAGAGACGGCCCGCAGGAGUCGCAAGAAGCGGAAGAAAGGGGGAAACACAACAGGAAAGCUGACAAUUUGAAUGCAGCCGAGGACAAUGAGCAGACGGGCGGUGGAGAGGAGAAUACUGAAGCGUUAUUAUAAAAAUGUCAUGAUAGAGACUGUAUCAGUAUUACGAGGAGAAACACCAAAACGUCAAAUAUGAUCAAAGUAUUGAGUAAAAGGAAGGAAGUUGGGCAGUAAAUUGGCCUUUAACCUCAAUACCGUCGUAGGAUUGCCAAUUUUAAACAAGAAUUUCUCUGAAAUAUUUUUGCUUUUACUCCGCUCCUGCCACCUCAUGAGCUGUACACCAAGGGCAUUUUAUGAAUAGUUUGCAGUUUUGUACGACUGCACUGCCUCACACUUGAAUAAUUUGCUCAUCUUGUUGAGCUAAGUAGGGGCUCACAAAAAAAGCACUAACACUAAGCACUAAGCUUUACAAACCAAAUAAAUAUGAUGUGGGGGAAAAAAAAAAGUGAAUAUUGCAUUUUCCUUAAAGCCCCCCCCCCACCAAAAAAAAGAAACCACUCAUGCUCUUCAAAUACACGGACCAUUAUGAUUUUCAUGUAUUGGGAAAGUCCCAAUAUACACUUUGAUGUCCAUUUUUUUCUUUUAAACCACAAGUACAUUUCAUUUUUGUUUAACACUAUUAAUGGGACACACCAAAUGCAAUAACAUUCCCCAAGCAAAGCUCUAAUACCGCACAUGCUGCAAAAUGUAAUAUUUAGACCUUACGUUCAUUUUUUUGAGACUCGAUGCUGCUUGAUGACUUUGCCAUUAUUAUUUCAGCAGUGAAGUAACCUUGAUUUAUGUCCGUUUCGUUUGUUCUUUAUUAUGUUACACAACUGGAGUGACGUGGCGUGUCAGGUUCAAUAAAUGUUGUGAUGUCUGCUUUCUCUCAAAAUGAGUUGGGAAGCCAACAAAAAUGCAAUGAAAUCUAUUUUGGCUGAAGCAACGUGACAAUACAUGUUUGUUGUACUGUACUCUGAAAAAUAAAUGAUCUAUGUGUGUAUCUUU